CGGUGACAACAGACUGCUGUCUGACCGAUCCGCCGUCCAGGUGUUCACUGUAUGAUACUGCAGAGCCUCUGGACGGAUUUUGGGAGCUUUAUCAGUGUAUCUGCAUGAAAUGGCCUAAACGUAGUAUGCUUUGUCUCCGAGUCCAGUCGUGAUUGGGACACCGACGUAUCCCCCUCCCUUGCUCCCUCUAGUCCCGGAGCACCCUUAAACAAAAAAAAUGAAGACUGACACGAUGAUCCGUAUUUGAGUUGUUUAUACCUCGAGUGGGAGAAAGCUAGCGGGUAAAGCUAACCAGCUAGCCCCCCCUCCCCGGCGGCGGCUCGGUUAACGGGAUUUGCGCCGCCAUGGCCGGGCUCAUCAAGAAGCAGAUACUGAAGCAUCUCUCCAGGUUUGCUAAGAACCUGUCGCCGGACAAGAUCAACCUGAGCACCCUGAAGGGGGAGGGCCAGCUCACCAAUCUAGAGCUGGACGAGGAGGUUCUCCAGAGCUUGCUGGAUCUGCCCACCUGGCUGGCCAUCAACCGCGUGUGCUGCAACAAAGCCGCCAUCAGGAUACCAUGGACAAAGUUGAAGACUCACCCAAUCUCUUUGACUCUGGAUAAAGUAGAAAUGGAGAUGAGCACCUGUGAUGAGCCCCGUCCCCCUAACGGCCCAUCUCCAAUAGCAACCGCAUCUGGACAAAGUGAAUAUGGCUUUGCCGAGAAGGUGGUGGAGGGGAUGUCCCUGUCCAUAAACUCCAUAGUGAUCAGGAUCAGUGCCAAGGCCUUUAACGCCUCCUUCGAGCUCUCCCAGCUGCAGGUCUACAGCGUCAACACCAGCUGGAGCAUCAGUGACCUGCGAUUCACUCGCAUCCAGGACCCUCAGAGGGGAGAGAUCCUGACGUUUAAGGAGAUCAGCUGGCAGAUGAUCCGUAUCGAGGCUGAUGCUAUUCAGAGUGCUGAGCACGAGAUGUUGAGCGCCCCCAUCCGCCUCAUCACCAACCAGUCCAAGAUACGAGUCACUCUCAAGAGACGGAUUAAGGACUGUAACGUGGUGGCUUCCAAGCUGAUCCUGGUCCUUGACGACCUGCUGUGGGUGCUGACCGACUCCCAGCUCAAAGCCAUGGUGCAGUAUGCCAAGUCCCUCAGCGAGGCCAUGGAAAAGUCAGCACAGCAGAGGAAGAGCAUGGCCACAGAGGACCAGGUGUCGUCGACGCCCCCAUCAGCCCAGCAGGUACGCACCCAGCAGGCAUCCACAGCUGCUGAUCAGAGCGCGACAAUGGCGAAGCUGUUCAGCGCCUACGACGUAUGUGAGACUUCCCACCACCUUCAGAUCACACACCUGGACCUGCACAUCUGUGACGACAUCCAUGCUACAGACAAAGUGGUCAAUAAGAGGAUAACAGGUGGAGCCAUGCAGCUGUCCUUCAGCUCCAUCACUCUGGACUACUACCCCUUCCACAGAGCAGGUGACAGCUGUGCUCACUGGAUGCACUACAGCGAGGCCACCAAAGCCAGAGAGGGUUGGGCGCGGAGCCUGCUCGAUGAGUUCAAGUCCAACAUGGAGAUGUUAAAGACUGCAGUUCGAGACCAGCAGGGCCCGGCUCCUGGACAAGGUUCUCCACAACACGGUAAGAUAAGCACCUCUUCCAGCACUUCCUUCAGCCCCCCUCCUCAAAGUCCCAAGACUCAGCUCAUGUCCAGCUCCGUUGUUCUCAGGAUGGCUGACUUCAGCAUCUACCAGGUGUCAACAGCGGACCAGCGUCGCUCCAGCCCAAAGGCCAUGAUCUCCUGCAAUAAGAAGUCCUUGUACCUUCCCUCAGAGAUGCCGGCCAUCCACGUGGAGUUCACAGAGUACUACUUUCCUGAUGGGAAAGACUACCCCAUCCCGUGUCCCAACCUGUACGCCCAGCUGAACGCCCUGCAGCUGGUUCUGGAUCCUCGCAGUCUGGUGUGGCUCAAUCUUUUCGCCCUCGACCUCAGGCAGAGUCUGGAGCAGUUCAUGGAGAUCUACAAGCUCAACGACUCGCAGAAACCAGACGAGCAUGUUGACAUCAAGGUCGACGGCCUCAUGCUCAAGUUGGUGAUUCCCACCGAUCGGGACCCCUCCUGUCCCCCUGACUUGCCUCGCUCCAUCUCAGUGCAGACUUCAGAAAUGGUUGCCACUAACACCCGGCACCCAGCCAACUGCACCCGUUCCCACCUUGAGGCCCUGUUGCAGUCAUUCCAAGAGGAAGCCUUCUUCUCUUCCUCUUUCUUCUCAUUCCCUCGUUCCUCCUCCUCCUCACCCCUCCUCCAUCCCGUCUUCCAGCAUCACGCUCAUGAACAGGACACCAGGUUGCACGACAUCUACCGAGGCCUGGUGGUGCCGACGAUGGGGGCGAGCGCCCUGAAGAUGCCGGCCGCCACUGACUUUUGGGCGUUGCACUUUGCACAGUUCUGGGUGGACUAUGAGGGCACCCGUGGAGGCAAAGGGCGGCCUCAGCCCUUUGUGGACUCCUUCCCUCUCACUGUGUGGGCCUGUCAGCCAGCGAAGCUUCUCCAGCACCAGAAGAAGCUGAGAGACGAUGCUGGAUUGGGUAUCCCCAGAAGCACAUCUGUAGAGGCUGUGGGACGCCUGCAGAGGAAACGCUUACUAAAGGAGUAUUACAGCACUGAGAGUGCACCGACAUCGUCUCAAAGCAACAAUGCAACACUGCCACCCAGUAACGGACUGCAUAAACCCCUCUCAUUGGAAAAUUUGCCUUCCUCUUCUCCCUCUUCUUUGGCAUCGUCAAGUACAGAUGCUGACAUACAUGUGUUGGUGCAUAUCCAGAAGCAUUUAAGUGCUCAGGUGAGCCACCGGCAGUAUGUGUUUCUGAUGCAUCUCCAGCGCAGCAUCAAAGCCCUGCAGCAGACCUUACAGCAGGACCUGGAGGAGAUGGGCUCCAAGAGAGACCGUAAGGAUCCCUCCCAGCAUUCCGCAGACCACCAGCCCUUCACCGUCUGCCUGGGACUCCUGCUGAAAAGCGCAGAGGUGUCCCUGCUCCUGAAGCCCGUCACCCAGCCAGAGGGUUCAAGAUCUCCUCUGGGGUCAGAGCUCUCCCCCUCUGAGAGCCGAGGAACCCUGGAGCCCGGGAACGACGUCGGAGAGGGUACAGAGAAAAGCGAGAAGGGCGGCGAAGGAGCCGGCUCUGGCGCUUGCACUGUAGACCAGCUGCUAUGUGGAGAAGGCUCAGAGAGCAGAGCCACGCAGGGUCCCGCUCCCCUCCUCCCCACCUCCACUCCCACUACGCGUCCCGACUCUAAUCAUAAAGCCUCACUGGAGGAGAGGACUUCAACUAAGAACUCUGGGAAGUGGAAUUCAGAUGAAGGAGGCGAGGUGGGAGCAGAUGGGUUGGCUGGGGGCGAUGCAAUGGUAACUGGACUAGACUCCAAACCCCAGAGUGACAUGCUGUCUGACCCACUCUGCAACCAAGACUGGAGCGACAAGGACAAGGCUGCAGCUGGCAAGAUGCCUCAGUCAAUAUCCAGUGGUCGUUUGAUGCGGGACCGCUCCCAGUCCAGUUUCUCCGUGUCCUAUAAGAACAUGAAGAAGAGCCCAUCCCUGCAGUCCCUGGACAACAUCUCCAUAGACAGCUACCUGAUGGAGGACGGAGACAACUACAGCCUGCUGGAGAGAGAUGACGUGUCCAUCUCCGGAUUCAAGGACGCAAUCAGUGAGCAAAGCGCCACAGAGAGCGGCGCAGAGGCCGUGACUGGUCAUGAGCAGGAAGGAGGCGUGUCCCCAGACACCGUUAGCGCCACCUCACAGAGCAUUGACGAGCCCACCAAAGAUAUUGUGUCGGUGCUGGUGUUGAAGGUGCAGUCUGUGUGUGUGGGCAUGGAGGUGUUGGGCGAGAGCACGGCCGUGGCUUUGGAGGUGGGCCGUGUCACACCCAGCCAGCUGGGCAACGUCAGCCUCAGACAGUACCUCAGCAACCGCAGCCUGGGUAUGGUGUGUUCAGUACCAAUACCUGCUCAAAGCAGCCAAGCUGGUGGCGACAUCAGCUCCGCGUCCGUCAAGGGCUACCACAGUCCGGAGGUGCGGGCUCGGCUGGAGAGCGGGCCCUGCGCCGCGGCCCACUCCCCGCUGGCUGAACGCAACGGCUUCCUGCAGCUUCGUCUCCACGGAUACCGGGCAAGCUUCCUGAUGUCCACGCUGCAAAACCUGGCCCACUUCCUGGAGGACGACUCUGCGCCGCAGGUCCUGCCCAUGGAGAUCAGCGUCAGGGACACGCACGUCAACUUAAAGGAUGACGGCCCCCGUGACAAUCCCUCCGACUCGACGCCGAUCACCCUGCACGUUGACAGUCUCGUCAUACACAGGAGAGACGAUGGGUCCUUUUCUAUAGGAGUGGAAGACGCAGCCGAGGCCAAACCCCGGAAAGAGGGCGCGUUGAUUGACAGCUCACUGAGUCCAGUCCCCGAGGCUGCGGGCGGCAUUACGAAGGCCACGCAAACCCAAACUCAAGCCCAAGCCCCGCCCCCCACCCCACCUCCAACCACCCCUCCUCCAUCCUCUAGAGAAAAGAUGCUGAUCGAGGAGAACGAAUGUUUAAAAGUGGAGCUGUCCCGAGCCAAGAUGGCGCUGGCCGAGGCUCAGAUGGAGAAGGACUCGCUGCUGCACCGCAUGAAGAGCCUCAAAUUCAGCACCAGCUAGGUUCCGCUCCCUCUUCCCAAGCGAGCCAGUUGCUCAGCCCCCCCCCCACCGACUGCUCCAAAGAGAUAAGGGCCGACACGGAUGGGCGGGAGCGUGGAAGGCUCAGCGAAAAUAAUUCACGGCAACAUCGACGUGCGAAGGCAGAGAGGGAUUUUCUUGAUUGCGAUAACUCUCUUUGUGUGCUUAUGUGUUCAGCGAGCCACCACGUGACUUAAGACUAAUGAAUACCUUUCAUUAAGCAAUGCAGAGUCUGUGAAGACUCAAAAAUACACCAUUUUACAUUCUCAUCGUUUUUAUGUUCUACACUUGACAGUUUUGGACUGUGGAGAGAGCUGAAAAGGGAGAAAUGACAUUAAGUGGAACUCUGUGUGUGUGUGUGUGCGUGUGUGUGUGUGGAAGAGGAUGUAGAGAAUGAAGCGGAUCUAUAUUCAUGGUUGUGCCUACAGAAUACCCCUCCCACACUGCUCCUGUUGUGUUAGUUAAGAUAAAAAAUUUAAAAAAAUAAAAAGAUCACAGCUAAUCAGCUUCAUUCUAGGUAUGAAGGAACACUUGAAUGUCACACCUUCAGAAGAAUGUCUCAACAAAACAAAAAAAACAAAAGACUUAUUUUGCACUACACUGAAGUUUAACUUAAUUUAGUGCUUUCAUAUUUGGACAAGUCAUGAAUCAUACUCUUUACUUGUCCUCAGAGUGUGUACAGUGUACAUUGUAUAAGAAUGUGAACACAUAACUAUUUUCUACAGAACUCUGAAUGGUUAUGCAGUGUUUCAGUUGAAUGUGGAUGUGUGUGUGUUUCUGUGUGUGUGUGUGUGUGUGAGUGUCAGCCAGAACAAGCAUUUCAUUACAAGUAGAGGAUAAAGUUUAUAUCUGUCACGUUCCACGGCUUUGUCAGCAAAAUGCACCUCCCCCCCACCCCCCACCCUCCCGCCACAGUAACGUCUGUACUCCCCCCUUCCUAUUUUUCUAUGUGUAAAUAGCUUCUUAACAUGUGCAGCACUUUUAAAAUCGAGGCACUGUAAAUACAACAACCGGAACUGAAAGAGAGGACGAGAGUUAAUAGCCCGACGAUGGGCGGGAGAGCAAUCUAGACCAGUGGAUCUAAACCUUUUUGGGUGUGGAAGACCCUCAAAUUGAUACGCAUUAGGCUGCGGACCUGAAUUUAAUCAGGUGUAGUCUCAGGGAUCCCCAUCAUAUAAGAAGUAGUUAUAUCAUAACUAUCUAUACUGUAGAUUGGCAGAUUAACAGAAGAGUGUGAAAUUUAGGAGCAGUAUAGUCAUUCUUAUACAUUCUCUAACUGGGUGUCUAGUCAGUGAAUGUAACAUAUUCCCCAGGUUGAAAACCGCUGAUCUAGAAAAACAACUCCCGUCUAAAAAGGAGGAGUGGGAAAAUAAGGGCACACUGAAGCUGCCUGACUACAUAAAUGUGUGUGUGUGUGUGUCUUUAUGUAAAUUUCUAGAUUUGCAUAAUCUUUCCUGUGUAAUUUCUCAUGGACAAGCUUUGCCCGUAUCUGCUGCUGUUUCAUGCUUCAUGCCUGUGUGACGACUUCAGGGGGAAAUCCCUGAGUAGAUGUUGUUAAAAAAAAAUGACUUUUCUAACAGCACAUGCUUUUGGCACAGCACAAAAGACUAUAUAUGGACGCCCGAAAAGGUCCGAUCCUGAAAGUUUUGCUCUCACACUAAACGGUUAAUCCUGUACACCCAUCAUCAGUCCACGUUAUGCAACUGUCAUCUAAUCUGUAUUUCAACCUGGCCCAGUUCAUUUCAAUUUCUGUCUCUUAAAAGUUUCUUCUGAUUCCCGUUAAUUUAAGAAAA